GCUUCAACUCGUGAUAUUAAGCCAGCAAGCAGAUGAAUGAACAGAUGGAGGGAUGGACGUCUUUCCUCUCAUCUCUCUUGCAGUAGUAGAAAAGUAAUUGGAUUUCAAAGCUGAACAUUGUGUUUCGUUUUGUUUUUCUAACUGUGGACGAUGUUCUCCUAGGCUUAAGCCUUGCAGCUUUCCUUCUCCGUCUACAGCUUCAUUCUUCUCCAAGCUGGAAGCAUGGCCUCUCCUCGCCUCGAGACCUUUUGCUGCCCGAAUCGUGAUGCUGCCACAGAUUUCAUCGUCAGCUUCCAGCCUGGUUUUUUCAGCGCUAUGUGUGCAGGAAGUGCAGGACUGAGCAUGAUUUUCUCUCUCCUGCAGAUUCUUCCUAAAAGGCGAGGCUACAGAAGAGUGGGGACGUACCCGCUCCCAAAACCAGCCUCUUCCUCCAGGAUCCUCUUCAUCAUAAGCGUGUGUGAUAUUCUGGGAUGUGUGGGAAUAAUUGUGAGAUCGUCAGUGUGGCUCGGCGCUCCCAGCGUCAUCCAGGAAAUCUCAGUUACUAACAGCAGUAACGUGUGGCCUGAAGUCUUCUGUGUGGGCAGCGCUAUAUGGAUCCAGCUGUUCUUCAGUGCCUCAUUCUGGUGGAUGUUCUGCUACGCCGUGGACGCAUUUCUGGUGGUCAGACGAUCUGCUGGAAUCAGCACUAUUGUUCUGUAUCACAUGAUCACGUGGGGUUUAGCCGUGCUGCUGUGUGUGGAAGGUGUAGCCAUGCUUUAUUACCCCUCCCUGUCCAAUUGUGAAAACGGUCUUCAGCACGCAAUCCCUCACUACAUCACCACGUACGCUCCCAUGCUGUUGGUGCUUUUAGUCAAUCCAAUCCUGUUCACACGCACUGUGGCUGCAGUUACUUCACUACUGAAAGGACGUCAAGGAAUUUACACAGAAAAUGAGAGACGUUUGGGAUCAGAAAUCAAAAUACGCUUUUUCAAAAUUCUCCUGGUCUUUGUUAUCUGCUGGAUGCCCAACCUGAUUAACGAGAGUUUGUUAUUUUACCUGGAAAUGCAGCCAGACAUUCAGAAUGCUGAGCUAAAAAACGCUCGUAACGCGUCUCUCAUCACAUGGUUCAUUAUGGGCAUUCUGAACCCCAUGCAGGCCUUCCUCAACACACUGGCCUUCCAUGGCUGGACAGGAUUAGACCUCGAUCUGAGUCUGCAGAGGCGGCGACAACUAACCUGGGACUCUGCCUCCACCUCCAUAGUGACAACUGGAGGUUACAAUCCCGUGAUGCCUUCAACGCUGCUGUACCAGGGCCAUGUCCAGGAUGGGAAGAAGUUGACAGGGAAUGGACACCAUCUCCCGUCCGACGCAGUCAGCAUUCUGUCUGAAAUGUUCUGUUCUUUAGGUUCUGGCUCUAGUACCCUGGAAAUCCAGACUGUGAGUGAACUUGGAGGUGGUGGAGGGGAAGCUGAAGUAGGAGCGAUGGAGGAGGCGACGAGGCGAUAGGAGACGAGUCUGAUCCAGGAUACAAUUGGAUGAAAUGUGUCUGAUCACACAAGAUAUUCUGGAGCAGAUCUUCUCUCAGAAAGAGACUUCAUAAUUCUGUUUAUAGAAAUAAAAUUCUAGGCACUUACAGCUAAACACGCCUUUCUAUACAGUAGAUAUAACCGAUUACACUGAACACUGUAGAGGUUACACUGAACACUGUAGAGGUUACACUGAACACUGUAGGAGUUACACUGAACACUGUAGAGGUUACACUGAACACUGUAGGAGUUACACUGAACACUGUAGAGGUUACACUGAACACUGUAGGAGUUACACUGAACACUGUAGGAGUUACACUGAACACUGUAGAGGUUACACUGAACACUGUAGAGGUUACACUGAACACUGUAGGAGUUACACUGAACACUGUAGAGGUUACACUGAACACUGUAGGAGUUACACUGAACACUGUAG